AUGUCGGCAGCAUCAAUAUCCUCCAUGCAGAACCCCUCCCUCUUCCUCUACGGACCAGGCCAGGCAAAAUACGAGGAACGACCAAUUCCUCAAAUCGAAGAGCCGGACGAUGUCAUCGUUCGGGUUGCGUAUACGGGUGUUUGUGGAGUGAUGUAUGUACACCUCCAGCUCCAGCUUGCGCAUUCUGAUGUCCACUUCUGGCUCCACGGCGGCAUGAAGCGACACGUCUCGCCCGACCGCCCCCUCGUCAUGGGCCACGAAGCCUCUGGAAUCGUGCACGAGGUUGGCCCCAACGUCACGGGCCUCUCGCCGGGCGACCACGUCGCUCUCGAACCGGGAUACCCCUGUCGUCGCUGCCCCCGCUGCAAGGCUGGCCGGUACAACCUCUGUCCCGAGAUGCGCUUCGCGGGCGAUCCGCCUGUCGGCCAUGGCACGCUGACCAAGUUCUUCAAGCUGCCCGCUGACUACGUCUAUAAGAUUCCUGCUGAUGGUGGACUGGGUCUCGACGAGGCUGUUCUGAUCGAGCCGUUGGCUGUUGCUGUCCAUACGGCGCGGCAGGUCGGUGUGACACCCGGCGACCAGGUCGUCGUCUUUGGCGCGGGGACAAUCGGGCUGCUCUGUGCGGCAGUGGCGAGAGAAUUCGGAGCUAGCAAGAUCGUCGCAGUCGAUAUCAACGAGGAGAAGUUGCGGUUCGCAGAGAAGUUUCUGGGCGGCAGCAGCAGCAGCAGCAGUCUGGGCACAUACAAGCCCGACGCGAGCCUCUCGUCCGAGGAAAACGCGCAGCGGAUUGUCGAGUUGCACGACCUAGGCGCAGACACGGCUUCCCCUUCCCCUACAGAGGAAGGCCUCCAAGGCGCGGACAUCGUCAUCGACGCGACAGGCGCCGAACCCUGCAUCCAGACGGGCAUCUAUGUCCUCCGCACAGGGGGCACAUUCAUCCAGACAGGGCUAGGCAAACACAUCGUCGAGUUCCCCAUCACGACGGUCGCGAACCGCGAACUGACGGUGAAAGGCUGCUUCCGGUACGGACCGGGCGAUUACAAGCUGGCUAUUGCGUUGGCGUGCGAAGGGAAGAUCCCGCCGCUGAAGACGCUGAUCACCAAGGUUCUGCCCUUUGAGAAGGCGACGGAGGCGUGGGAGACGACGAGACGGGGGGAGGGGAUCAAGACGUUGAUUCGGGGGGUGCAGGAUUAG